CAGGUACUGCCAAAGUGUUCCGACAAGAAAGAACAACAAGCUGGAGCAUAAUGUAGCUCCUGUUUGAUAUUUAUUCGAAGAAGUGGCGUCUCCUGAAGGUCUCUCUUGGCCCCCCGCUCCUUUUUAGCGAGUCUCGGCGCAUACAAUCAGUCAGACGUAAACUCCCUCUAUUGAUGACAUGCAUUUUGAACAAGACAAGGAAGAUCCACACUCCUUUCACUCGCAACAACAAACAACAAGAAUUCCAUCGAAGAUCCAACGCAGUCUUCUGACGUACUAAAACUGCACUAACAUAGGUUCACACACACAUACACACACACACACGACCGCUCUAACCACUAUUUUUGUAGCUUCAGCAGCUGUCUACGCAAGAAACAGACUAAGUGGAUGCUGAUGCUCGCCUUGGACUUAUGAUUUUUAGCUAUUGAAUUGUUUCUAGCACGACAUGAAACUAUCUUCUUCAGCGACAAACGGUUACGGUUCUUCCGGCAGAUAGACAUUGUCAACAACAAUUUAUUUUCGCGGCUAGAACCUAGUACUACUACUACACAGAGACAGUAAAUAAAAUUUUUACCAAAUUAGUCCUCGACCAGCAGUCGUCGAGCAAGGUCGUUAUAGUACCAGGCCGCGGGAGUAGUAGAAUACUUGUUCGUCUUUUUGAAGAAGAACAACAACAGUCGCUCGACCUAUAUCACCUUGUCGUACUCCUCCUCCUCCUGAAGGCGUAAACCAAAACUCCUUCUUACUUCAAGAUGGCCCCAGCGACCUCCUCCUCCGCAGCCGCACCCCCCGUCGCCAUGGACGUCGACGGCGAGGGUGAAACCAAAACGCCUGAAGAAAAAGUGGUCGAGGAGGUAUUCUACCCAAAAUUUGAAAUCGCGCAAUUACGAGCGAGGUACCUCCGGGACCGGUCACCCGCAGUUCUGGCGGAAUUGAUGAAAUACGUGAAGGAGGAGAGGAUGCUGCCGUUCUACAAAAAGUUUUGUGAGGAGGCAAAUGUAAAAAUCGAGGACAAAUUGGUCAAGGAAAUGGAGAAAGAAGUGGAGGAGAAGGUACAUAUUAAUUUAGCUGAAUUGUGCUAUUCUAUCUGUGAAACAGCGCUGAUGUUGUAGUCGCUCCGGCAAUUAUUUUUGCAGCACCAUGGGUUGUCAUGCACAAAAGGGUUCGACUUCGUCUUCGAUCAUAAUGCCAUAGGAGAAAUAAGGAUGGACGAUGUCAGUAAAAUGAAAUCGCGAGGACUUUGUCAUGCCAAUAGAAGCUGCAGCACGGGCAGCGCGAUCGGUCAUGCGUUCUUGCAAGCAUACAGGACAAGUUGAUAUUAAAAUGAAUUCUAUAAUCAGGUGAAAGCCUUCGACGAGAAGCUAAAAGACGCUGAAGAAAACCUUGGUGACGUGGAGGUAAAAUCCGCAAUACUCGACAAAGCGGACUAUUUCAACAAAACUGGCGACCAGGAGAAGGCGUUCGAAUUUUACGAGAAAGCCAUGACAAAAACCGUGGGGGGUGGGUACCGGCUGGAUAACAUACUAACGAGGUUACGAAUCGCAUUGUUCAACGACGACCAAGAACAGAUCAAGAAAAUGCUAGCAUUGGGACAGGAAGAAAUGAAGAAGGGUAUUGUUUUAUCGCUUUUUUGACAACAGCUUUAACUUGCGUUGCAUCUGCUACUUUUGUAUCUGACGAUGAUGGAAAAAUAUAAAUGACACGUCGACCUGCUACUUGUGAUGCCGCAAAAACCACCUACCAUGAUCAUGUGUACAAGUAAGUUAGUAUCGUGUUGCUGUGCAGCCAUAGACCACCUAGCUCCAUCUUCAAAACUAUCAAUGAUCAGGGGGCGACUGGGAGCGAAAAAACAAGCUGAAAGUGUAUGAGGGCGUCUUCAAGGUUAUGACCGGCGACUUCGAAGCUGCGGCAAAUUUGUUUCUCGCCGGCGUUGCAACUUUCACCGCGACAGAGAUAUUGAGCUUCCAGGACUUCGUACUACUUUUUGUGCAAGACUUUGAACUCGUUUCUGUUUCUGUUUCAACCACUCUCUUGGUGUUUUGUCAUGAUGCAAAAAUUAAAAUAGAUUCAAUUUCGAAAGGUGUUUCUGUUAGGGUGCUAUUUAUUGGCUCAUGCAAUAGUAGUACAAGCAGUUGUAAAGAAACUAAAGUAAAAAGACCAAAAUUGCAGGUUUUCUACACGGUCCUGUGCUCCCUUAUCGGCCUCUAUCCAAGAAAAAAACAUUGUAGGUGUACCUUUUUUGGAGGAACAGCAUUACAAAUUUGUCUGGCAUGACAGCAAAAACCUGUCAUGCGCAGAUUGUACGUGAAAACGCCCUUUAAUGGACCCUGCGAUGCAUGCCAAGCAUGACAGACGCAAUCACCUUGCAUGUUGAGCAUUACAAAUGUACACUAACAACGUUUUUUUUCUUGGAUAGCCUCACCCGGGCGGAUUUGAAAAAGAAGGUUAUCGGGUAUGACCCGCUCAGGUGUUACAAUCUCAAACGUUGCAAGAGAAAAUGGAAAUCUGUGAUGCGAGAGUGCAUGAUCUAGCCAGCUCUCAUAGAAGGAUUGCGCACGACAAGUUCCGGAGCCCCAAACAGGACUACAUCCUGGCGAAAUUUGUAUUGCAAAAGGUGGAAUGCUGUGCGAGUCUGUCAUGCUCAUCAUGCAACACAAAUUCCAGACUCUGUAUGUAACGUUUGAGAAUGUAACGCUUGAGCAAGUCACAUCGGGAGCCCCGAGAUUUUGUCCGUCGUACACGAAAGGAAGCACAUGAAGGAGUUUCUAAACGCGUUUUACAACUGCGACUAUUUCAACUGGUCACGGGAACUAGUGCACAUCAUCGACCACGUAAAGGACGACCGAUAUUUCUAUGAGAGUGCACAACUCCCCCUCCCCCUCCUUUGUAUGGCAUGAACAGCAAUACAAACACCACCACACGUGGAGCCUGUGCAUGGCAAACGUAUGUACCUCAUGUAGUAGAAGUACUGCUUGGGCUUUCCUUCCGGAAUCUGUCAUGCAAACAGUGCCACAAGGCAGUACUGGAUUUGCGGUUUUGCAUGGCAAAUGAGAGGGAGGAGGAGUUGCGCACUCUCAUAAUGUCCAGCCAAAUUUGAUGAAAAUCAGCCGGCACUUGAGGUACAAUAGCAGGAUCUCCUCUAGGACUUGUGUUCCAAUGCAAUGCAUGACACAUAAGGGCUAGGGCCACGAGAAGUUAUUUCAGUGCAGCAAUUCGGCAUAAGACGAGGUUUAGAAAUUCUCGAUAGAAGACGAAAUCUGUCAUGCAAUAUACUACUCAAGCUCAAGCAAAAAGAAAAACUACCUCGAAAGCAUUCACAACUUCACACAUUCUAUCCAGGUUAAACGCGUACCGGCAGUUCAUCACGUCCUACAAGUCCGUCACCAUGAAAUUGAUGGCCGAUACUUUGUAUCAAAUGCAAAUAUCGAUCUGGGUCUGCUGGAAGAAUGCCGGAGUUUGUGAUGCAGAUUUUGCAUGUCCCAUGAUGCUUGUGAUGCAUGCCGUAGCAUCACAGACUCUGCGACAACUUUCUGAUUCUGAUGGCCCAACCGCAUGAGAACUGCCCUCUCCGCGUAGCAACACACUGGACCUCUUUUGCUGUUCAUGCAAUACAGAUUGCAUCCUCCCAGACCCAGAUCGAUAUUUGCAGUGCAUACUUUCGGCGUUUCCGAGCAGUUUAUCGACAAAGAGAUCUACACGUUCAUCUCGCAGGGCCGGCUGAAGAACUGCAAAAUCGACAAGAUCGCCAACGUGAUCGAGACAAUAGACAACGUGAAGGACGAGAAAACGCUGUUGUACAAGGACAUUUUGAAGGACGGAGACGUAUCAAAUGCAAAAAUGUCUGGGUCUGGAAGAAUGCAACUUGUAAUGCGUAUUUCAGAGCACAGAAAAGUCUCUCAUGCAUACGUAGCAAAAGCUCCCCACUUUCUGUCAGCAAAAUAGGCGACUUGUCAUGCGGAUUCGGCAUUGGGGAAGCUUCUCGCAACCUGUGAUGCUAGAGCUUCCAUGCCAGACCUUCUGUGUCAUGCAAAAACAGCAUGACUCUUUCACUUUCAGACCCAGACACUUUUACAUUUGAUAAGACGAGUUGCUGAACAAGAUGCAGAAACUCGCCGCCGCGAUCGACCGAUAG